GUAGAAAUGACGAAUUGAAGCUUGUGGUUGGUUGGCUGAUAAUUUCUUUUCCCAUCCGUAGCCGAUUGGUGUCGUGCUAUCCAAAUGGGUAAGCCCCGUGGUAUUCGCACGGCGCGCAAGCACGUGAACCAUCGCAGAGAGCAGCGAUGGGCAGACAAAGAUUACAAAAAAGCCCACAUGGGUACGAGGUGGAAGGCUAAUCCCUUCGGUGGUGCAUCUCACGCUAAGGGCAUCGUCCUGGAGAAAGUUGGCGUCGAGGCUAAGCAGCCCAACUCCGCCAUCAGGAAGUGCGUCAGGGUCCAGCUCAUCAAGAACGGCAAGAAGGUCACGGCGUUCGUGCCUCGCGACGGUUGCCUCAACCACAUUGAAGAGAACGAUGAAGUUCUAGUGGCAGGGUUCGGUCGUAAAGGUCACGCCGUGGGUGACAUUCCCGGAGUCAGAUUUAAGGUGGUCAAGGUCGCCAAUGUGUCGCUCCUCGCCCUGUACAAAGAAAAGAAGGAGAGGCCACGAUCAUAGACAACCAACACUGUGAUAAGUGUCCUGCUGCUGCAAAGUGGUGUUGUUUAUAAGUGUACUUUCAAAAAUGGAAAAUCAUAGUGCAUAAUAAACUUAUGUACGCCAA